CGGUGACCCGGCGUGGUUGCUUUUCCAACCCUGCCCCCACCCCUUAUCCCGAGGUCCCGCGGCUUCCCGCGUGCGCGCGCGCGUGCGCGGUAUCUAGCCUAUCCUAGCCCGGCCCCCGACUCGCGCUGCCCAAAGCCGCUUCCUCCCCUAGACGCCCCCCUCCUUCUCCCGGAGCUCUCUCCGUUCCCCCGUCCCGGAACCGCCGGGAUGCAGUGGACGAGGAGUUCGCGUGCCCUGCGAGUGGCCGUGGUGCUGGCCGUCGCGGCGGUGCUGGUGCAGGGCAUCCGCAUCUGGCUGGACUCCAAGCGCUUCGUCUUCCAGCGCGAGGAGAUCGCGCAGCUGGCGCGCCAGUACGCCGGCCUUGACCAUGAGCUGGCUUUCUCUCGCCUCAUCGUGGAGCUCCGGCGGCUGCACCCAGGCCACAUCCUGGCAGAUGAGGACCUUCAGUGGGUGUUUGUGAAUGCCGGCGGGUGGAUGGGCUCCAUGUGCCUCCUGCACGCCUCACUCUCCGAGUACGUGCUGCUCUUCGGCACAGCCAUCGACACUGGGGGCCACUCUGGUCGGUAUUGGGCUGAAAUCUCAGACACGGUCAUCUCUGGAACCUUCCGCCAGUGGAGGGAAGGGACAACCAAGAGUGAAGUUUACUACCCAGGAGACACCAUUGUUCACGGGCCCGGGGAGGCCACAGCGGUGCAGUGGGGGGCUGGCACGUGGAUGGUGGAGUACGGCCGGGGCUUCAUCCCUUCCACCUUGGGCUUUGCACUGGCCGACACAUUCUUCAGCACCCAGGACUUCCUCACACUAUUCUACACUCUGCGGGUCUAUGCCCGGGCACUGUGUCUGGAGCUCACCACCUACCUCUCCAGCCAGGGACAUUGACCUCCCCCCGCCCAUUGACACCCCUUUCCCUGCCCACACUAAUGAGGGUAGCCUGAGUCUGUGAGAUUGAGAAGGUCAGACUCUCAGGAACACAGAGACAGGCCAGACUCAGCGGGGCUGUGCUCGGGCACACACCGAAACGCAGGGAUAUAGACGUAGCAUAGGAAGUUCGGUCUGAGAUGACCCUAAAUCUAUUCCCCGGGCAGCAGUUUGGGGGGAUAGUGGAGGUGUCGUUCCCAAGUGUGCCCUAGCCCCCAGUGUGGAACUGUGAUACCUCCCAUACUCUCCCUCACCAGACGCCUUAUAUGUCUAGUUCCCUGUCCUGGCUAUGCAAAGGGGACCAGUGGCCUGUUCUCUGCCCCACCCUACCAAUCUUUCCCCUCCCCUAGUAUCACAUCUCCUACCCUCCGGGUAGGUGCUGCCAAUCAUAUGUCUUUCCUCAUAUCCUACUCCAGACUCCCCCCAACCCCUUUUUCUUUUCAGAGCCCUUAAGGGGAUGGGAUCCCAAAGUGCUAACCCUUGAGACAUUGAUCUGUCUCCCAGGCUAUUUGACUGACGGGGGAGGGGAAGGCAGAGAUGGGGUUGAGCCUUCUCAUCAAAGACUCCAUUCCUAUUGGAUGCUUCACAGGGCAAUCCUCACCUCCAGGGCUCUGUAUUGGAGGCAUAUCAAUCGGCAGGUCUCUACUAGAUGCACUCUAAUCUUUAUGCCCAGCCCAGCAUGGAGAAAGAAAGGAGCUCACAGGCAGGUUAUGAAACUACAACUCACCAGGACAGUGAAGAACUGAUUGAUUGAUUGCAAAAUCUCAACUACAGGAUGAAUAAAAGUUCAGAGAACCCUAGAACUCUAAGGGACCUUGGAAAUACAAUUCCCAUAAUCUCUUUGUCCACAGGGAAACCAAAGGUUGAGAACUAGUUAUUUGCCCAUUUAAAUAUAUAUACCAAACUAUAGUUACACAUGUAGUCAUGUGGUUCAGGCUUAAAACAGCAUUAAAAAGGGUAAUUCAUUAUGGACUUGGAAAACAGAGGUGGGGCUCCAGGAGCUGUUGGCCACCUCCCUCAUCCCUUUCCUCCUGCAAAAAAAAAAGUUGGGAAGAAUAUGUUGUCCUGUAUCCCUUUACAGAUGGGAAAAGGAGUGGUGAAAUCCAGUUCAAGUAGUAUUAAUGCCAAACCUUUAUCCAGUGCUUAAAGACUUGCAAAAUGCUUUCCUCUGUAGUCCAGUCAGGUAAGAUUUUUGGGACACCUUGCACUAUCUAUUUUUCAGAUGAAAUGGGUUCAGAUAUGAAAUGACUAUCUUUGGGCACCCAGCUAAUAAGUUUCCACCUCUUUACUGAGAUCCCAAUCCAGGUCUUCUGACUCAGAGUCUGGUGCUGUGUUUGAAUCCCCCCCUUUUAGCUACGAGGCUUCUCUUUGGCUCUACCCACCCAAUUCCUUUGAACAAUUUGGCUUCUUCCUCCAAUCAUCAGGAAAUAAGGAAUCCUAGUUUCUCUUUGGACCUGGUCUCUCUGGGCCACCACCUGAGGAUGGUAGAGUGCAGUCUUUUCCUUUAAGACUCCUAGGGAUUCAAAGGUCCUUGGCUUCAGCUGUUACUUGAAGGAAGGUGGUCUCAGAGGCCCUCUCAGACCCUUUAUGAAGUAGCUUCUUCCCAAAAUCCCUCUCUGUUGCUGUCCAUCUCUGUCUCAAUAAAUAUUUCUUGAAUAUC